UUUCAGUGCACCUGGCAACAACAGAUUCCCUUCCCUCUUCCUUAAGCUUUUAAACUUUAACAAAAGAAAAAGAAAAUCAAGAAUCUGUCUGAUCACAUCGUCUCCUCGGCUUGAAUCCCAAAUUAGGGUUAACAAAUUAGGACUUUUUAAGGUUUAGGGCUUUCAUUUUUCCAAACAGUUGCCAAUGGAUUUCCAGAGGAAAAGAGUUCAGCUUUUGCUCUUCACCGCUGGAAUCAUCCUUCUUAGUAUCACAGCUGAAAAAUGCAGGCAACUGGUUGGGGAGGAGGCAUCAUCCCAAAGUGGGCAAUUUACAUUAUUAAAUUGCUUUGAUAUGGGCUCGGGUUCCGCAGCUUGUGCAGUGAAGGAGGGUGUGAAGCUUUAUUUCUACAACAUUAGAGCUGCUCAUGUUGAGAGAGCAAGGAAUCUCGCAAUUGAAAAGGCAAUAGAGGAUGCAGUGUCGCAAGGCAUGUCUGCUAAAGAUGUAGCUAAACAAGCUCAAAUAGAAGGGAAAAAGGCGGCGAAAUUGGCAACACGGCAAGCCAAGCGCAUUAUAGGUCCUAUCAUUUCCUCUGGAUGGGACUUUUUUGAAGCCAUAUACUAUGGUGGUACUAUCACAGAAGGGUUUCUUAGGGGUACAGGAACAUUGUUUGGCGCCUAUGCUGGGGGUUUUGUUGGUGAGCAAAGGCUGGGGAGGGUUGGUUAUCUUGCGGGAAGUCAUUUGGGGAGUUGGGUUGGAGGUAGGAUUGGACUGAUGGUUUAUGAUGUGGUUAAUGGAGUGCAUUACUUGCUUCAAUUUGUUCAAAUGGAAGAAAGUGAAAAUUAUGAGGCGCCAGUUUAUGAAAAAUCAGAAGUUUCCGAGGAUUCCUAUGCAUAUGAAAAUUCAGAUUCAUAUGAAUCUCCACCUGAUGAGAGCUCUGAAUCACAAGAAAGUUAUACUUUCUGGUGAAAACAGUGAGUUCAUGUUGUUGUUAUUUUUAAUUCAGAUGAAUUUAUUUACUAAAUUCACAUGUAUAGAUGUAUCAAUAUCAAUAGCGUUGUCACAAUCAUGUUUUUUUGUUAUCAAUAGUGUUAUCAUAUGAAUAUAAUGGUGUUGCUAUCUUCAAAAUCA